AUGGCAAUUCGACUAGCGCUCCAGUUGCACCUACAUGAAGAAGAAACGUAUCAGCACCUCCAAAAGCCCAAGACAGCCAUCAGAACCUGGUGGUACCUCUUCAACAACGAUACAUUGCAGAUGGCUUGCACCGGAUGUCCUGGCAUGUUUCCGAUAGACGGGAGUAGCAUCCCGCUGCCCGAGCUGAGUGAUUUUGACACGCCUGACGCCGAGGCCCACGUAUUCUGCGCGCUUGUCUCCCUUUGCAAAUUGCUUCGGAAGAUUUUGGGACUCGGCCGAUCUGAUAAAACGUCGAGAGAAGAAGUGCAGUUGGCACUUGACAAGUUGAUUCAAUGGAGAGAUCGAUUACCCGACGAUUUGCAAUUAUUCGACGAAAACCGAACAUCUCGACGGCCUUAUAACCGUUUGAUCCUGGAGCUACAUGUUUUAUACUUGGUGACCGCCAUUUUGACGUUCUUCCUUGGCCGACGUGACAAUCCUUCAUUAUUCAAAUAUGCAUCCAUGGCGGCUUCCUCCUGUAUCUAUCGGCUCUAUGAAGAGAUUCUCUUCCGUGAAGACGCUACGUAUUUGCUUCCAAUUCACUCGUGGGCAAAUUUCGUUGCUGCUAUCCCUCGCACAUUUAGUGAUUGUGAAUUGCUUAACCCAGCGCAUGCCGAAGAGUUGAAAAUCAGCCAACAGGUGCUUGGGAAGAUAGGUGAGAAACAUGCAUCAGCUGCUUUGGUACAGAAUCGAAUAGCUGCUCUCAGUGGAUCGGCGACGGCGUGGGCCUUUCCGCCCAUAUCUCUCCCAGGGCAGGACAGGCAGUAUCUUACUACCUUGUUACAAGUUCCAACCGACUUUUGCCCCAUGUUGAAUCAUCUCUACUCGGCCUCUGUCCCAAAUCAUGACCGACUUGACUCUUUUCCCGUGGAAAAUGCAGUUGAUGAAUGGACAAUCGAUUGGGCCUCGUUCAUCUUUGGUGGUAGCAUGGGGGUCUAG